AUGAACCGUGAAGACCGGAAUGUGCUGCGUAUGAAAGAAAGGGAAAGGCGAAAUCAGGAAAUUCAACAGGGUGAAGAAGCCUUUCCACCUAACUCUCCUCUCUUUGCUGAACCAUACAAAGUUACCAGCAAAGAAGACAAAUUGUCUAGUCGUAUUCAGAGCAUGCUUGGUAAUUAUGAUGAAAUGAAGGAUCUUAUAGGAGAUAGAUCGCUACAAAAGCUUGUUGGAAUUCCCAAACCAACCGUACCAUCAACACCAGAUGAAAAAUCAAACCAAAGUUUCUUUGGUGAUCAGAGACAUAAUGCUAGCUCACAUCAGAGCAGCAAAUGGACUCCUGUAGGACCAGCACCUAGCACUUCCUCGCAAUCUCAGAAACGGUCCUCGGGUUUACAGAGCGGACACAGUAGUCAGCGUGGCAGUGGCAAUAACACUAGCAGUAGUGGCCAGAGGCAUGACCGUGACUCGUACAGUAGCAGCAGCAUCCGCAAAAAAAGCCAGCAUGGGUCCGAACACUCCAAACCCCGUUCUUCCAGCCCUGGAAAACCGUCUGCUGUUUCUUCAUUGAGCUCCAGCCAUUCGAGAUCUCAUGGAAAUGAUCACCACAGCAAAGAACAUCAACGUUCAAAGUCUCCCCGCGAUCCUGAUGCCAACUGGGACUCUCCCUCCCGUGUACCCUCAUUUUCAAGUGGACAACACUCUAAUCAGUCUUUCCCACCUUCACUAAUGUCCAAGUCUAGUUCAAUGUUACAGAAACCCACUGCGUACGUAAGGCCAAUGGAUGGACAGGAAUCCAUGGAACCGAAGUUAUCCUCCGAACACUACAGUAGCCAGACUCACAGCAGCAGCGUGAAUGAGCUGAAGCCUAGCAGUAAAGCACAUCUAACCAAGCUGAAAAUACCUUCUCAACCACUAGAUGCAUCAGCAUCUGGUGAUGUGAGCUGUGUGGAUGAAAUUCUAAAAGAGAUGACCCAUUCUUGGCCUCCUCCACUGACUGCUAUUCAUACGCCAUGCAAAACUGAACCGUCAAAAUUUCCUUUUCCAACAAAGGAAUCUCAGCAGUCCAGUUUUGGCACUGGAGAACAGAAACGGUAUAAUCCUUCAUCAAAAACAUCCAAUGGCCAUCAAUCCAAAUCAUGUGAAUCGAACCAGACAGAUAUGUUGAAAGAUGACUUAAAACUUAGCAGUAGUGAAGACAGCGAUGGAGAGCAGGACUGCGAUAAGACAGUGCCAAGGAGCACACCUGGCAGUAAUUCUGAACCUUCACAGCAUAACAGUGAAGGAGCAGAUAACUCAAGGGAUGACUCGAGCAGCCAUAGCGGAUCCGAAAGCAGUUCAGGAUCUGACUCUGAAAGUGAAAGCAGUUCCAGUGAUAGUGAAGCUAAUGAACCGUCACAGAGUGCAUCCCCCGAGCCAGAGCCACCACCAACAAACAAGUGGCAACUGGAUAAUUGGUUGAACAAAGUUAAUUCACAUAAAGUGUCACCAGCUUCUUCCGUGGACAGCAAUAUCCCAUCCUCCCAAGGCUACAAAAAAGAGGGACGGGAUCAGGGGACAGGGAGCGGGUACACUGAUCAAAGCGGAUCCAAAGAUUCGAUUUCUUCUACACCGGGGCGAGAUUCCAAACCCACCCAAAAGGGCUCGGAGAGCAGUCGCGGCAGGCAGAAAUCACCUGCCCAGAGUGACAGCUCAACACAGAGGAGGACUGUAGGUAAAAAGCAGCCCAAGAAAGCAGAAAAGACAUCUGUUGAAGAGCCUAGAGGAGGUCUUAAAAUAGAAAGUGAAACCCCAGUAGACAUGGCAACAAAUAUACCUUCAAACAGGCAUAAGGCAGCCACAAAAGGCUCCAGAAAACCCAAUAUAAAGAAAGAGCCCAAAUCUUCCCCUCGGCCUACCACAGAGAAGAAGAAAUACAAAGCUUCAAGCAAAUCUGCCCAGAAAUCCAGGGAAUUCAUAGAAACAGAUACCUCAUCCUCUGAUUCAGAUGAAAAUGAGAGCCUGCCUCCUUCAUCACAAACACCCAAAUACUCUGAGAGCAAUAGGACUCCUGUUAAAUCUUCCAUGGAGGAGGAUGACAGCUUUUUUCGGCAAAGAAUGUUCUCUCCUAUGGAAGAGAAAGAGCUUCUUUCACCACUCAGUGAUCCUGAUGAAAGGUACCCACUUAUUGUGAAGAUUGACCUGAGCCUCUUAUCAAGAAUACCAGGGAAGCCUUACAAGGAUGCUGACGCACCCAAAGCGGAAAAGAAAAACGUGCCGGAGAAGCACGCGAGAGAAUCCCAGAAGCAGCCGUCUGAUAAAAGUUCUGCAAAAGGCAAAAGGAAACAUAAGCAGAAUGAGGAUGAAAACAGAGCCAGUGAAAGCAAGAAAACGAAACUGGAAGAAAAAGCUCCGUCAGGACACAAGACUUCUAGCAGUAGGGAGUCUUCAAAGCCAAGUGCUGUUAAAGAGAAGGAUUUACUGCCGUCUCCUGCUGCCCCAGUCCUGCAGAAAGAUUCCAAGCAAGAGCACGGGUCCCGGAAGAGGACGGUCAGUCAGUCAUCAUCCUUGAAGUCCAGCAGCAACCUUAGCAAGGAGAGCAGCAGUGGCAGUAAAAGCAGCUCGUCUUCUAAGCAAAAGAAGACAGAGGGGAAGGGUUCUAGCAGCGCUAAAGAAACCAAGGAAAAGAUUCUGAACAAUUCAUCAAACUGCCCUCCUGCGUCUGCGCAGUCUACGGAAAGUUCAAAGUCAAGAAGAGCAAAACUUGUUUUUGAUGAUAGGACUUACUCAGCUGAUCAUUAUUUACAAGAAGCAAAGAAGUUAAAACACAAUGCAGAUGCACUGUCUGACAGGUUUGAGAAGGCUGUGCACUACCUAGAUGCUGUAGUGUCCUUCAUUGAGUGUGGGAAUGCAUUGGAGAAAAAUGCUCAGGAAUCCAAGUCCCCGUUCCCUAUGUAUUCAGAAACUGUGGAAUUAAUCAAAUACACUAUGAAACUGAAAAAUUACUUGGCACCGGAUGCUACAGCUGCAGAUAAAAGGCUAGCAGUGCUUUGUCUUCGGUGUCAAUCUCUGCUAUACCUAAGGCUUUUCAAACUGAAAAAGGAAAGUGCAUUGAAAUAUUCUAAAACUCUGACUGAACAUCUGAAGAAUUCCUAUAAUAAUUCUCAAGCACCGUCACCUGGUAUGGGAAG